AUGUCGUGGUCGUGGUUCAAGGAGGUGCUGGUGACGCUCGCAGAGCUGAUCCUCGCCAUCGGAGAGGUUAUAUGGCAGUGGUUGUGCGGUUGGGUGCCGGUUCUUCUGGUGGUCGACCUUCUCGGUCACUCGUUUGCUGUGCUCUUCGCCCUGCUUCCUGGGAUCAUUAUACCUUACUACACCCUGCCCGGCUCCUUUCUCGCGGUCACCUCUCAUGACAAGAACGUCGCCUUCGCCCUCUUGGGUGUUUUUCUCUUCGUCCUAAUGAUGACUGCCGGCCCGCUUGCCCAGAUGUGGCUUGCCGCGCUGAAGAUUCGACACCGAGGUUUCCGUCCGCCUUCUGCCGCCGUCUUUUCGUUAAAGACAAUUAUGCAGGCCAGUGCGAGGCCCGCCCUCUCUGCCCACCUGCUCGCCAAAGGCCUCCGGCCCAACGCCUGCGACCGUUGCUCGCCAAGCCCCCGGGAUCUCGAGGAGGGCCGCGCCAUGAUACACCUCGACCGAAUGUAUCAUUGCGUUGAAAAUUCUGGCAAGGAACUGGGCUGCAUUCCGGUCCUUGACCACUAUUGUUGGUGGUUGUGGGUCCCCGUGGCCUUGCCGACUAUCAAGAGCUACCUCCUCUUCAUGGUAUGGAUCGUGGUGUUCCAAACCGUGUCGCUGGGAAUUCUGGCUUGGCCUUUGGCCAUCUCGGCAUGGCAUUCGACCGCCUGGCUGUACGUCUUCAUCGCGGCCUGCUUCCCAUACAUGCUGGUACUCGUCCUCGCCGCCCCCAUCAGGAAGCAGUGGAGACGUCUGGCCUGUAUGGACUCGCCCGGCAAGGAGUACGCACAGUAUAUCCGCCAUCGACCUGCGCCCGCCUUCCCGAUGUAUGUCAAGCGGUCCGACGGGACGUAUGCUCACCGUUUGAUGAGCUACAAUCCCUGGGAUAAGGGAACCAUGCUCAACCUGCGGUCUGUUCUCGGAGACAACAUCUUGACCUGGCCCUUCUGGUUUGUCGUCCCCCGCCGUGUCCGUGACUACGGCACGGGCGAACAAGACUUGCCGCUGUCGUCCUGGUUCCUUCAAGACGUCCAGGAUACGCAGGCUUCUGGUGCCUUUACUUUCGCCAUGGCCGGUAUCCCGCUGCAGACGCUCGACCCGGCUCGCCAUCGACGCGGGUUCUCUUCGGAGGACUAA